AGGAUUACAAGGUUUAAGAGAGGUUUGAACCUCAUCCUCGAAGGCGAGAAACGCAACCACCCUCUUCCUUUUCCCAGCGUGGUUCCGGUAACACAAUGACAUUGGCGACUUCAUUCCCCACUCCUCAGGUUCACGCCUUCGACAACCCCACCAGAAGCCACCUUCAAAUUAGACGCAAGCCCCACCGAACCCUCCACUUUCUCCUAAUCCCAACCUCGUCCCCUUCCUCGCCCCUUUUCUCGUGCUCUUCCUUCCCCCUCACACACUCCGACCCCAUCCUCCAAUUCCGCCACCACCACCUCCUCUCCACCGACGGCAACUUCGUCGUCGAGGACCUCGGCGCGGAGGAGGCCUCCCCGGCGCCGCCGAGGAUCUUCGUCCAGGAGCCGCCGUGGCUGUUCCUCAAGGGCUGGCUGCUGCAGGAGAAGGAGAAGGAGAAGUACAAUUCGCUGCGGCGGAGGCAGAUUGUGGCGGAGACGGAGGCGUGGGAGAGGAUGGUGGAGGAGUACAGGGAAAUGGAGAGGGAGAUGCGGCAGAAGAUGUUGGCACCCAAUUUGCCGCACGUCAAGGCGCUCCUGUUGGGCUGGUUCGAGCCAUUCCGGGCCGCUGUGGAGGCCGAGCAGGAGGCCCACCGGGCCAGGACUAAGAAGCAGCAGGACUGUAGUGCCCCCCACAUCGACGACUUGCCUGCCGAUAAGCUUGCGGUUAUUGUCAUGCAUAAGAUGGUGGCCAUGGUAAUGGAGAAUGGAGAAGGCUGUGUUCAGCUUUGUCAUGCUGCUGUUCAUAUUGGCAUGGCGAUAGAACAGGAGGUUAGGAUUCAUAAGUUCAUUGAAGGAAAUAAAAGUAGCCGGUAUAAGAAGACAGAGGCUGGUGCCGAAGACAGUUUGGAUAGAGAUAAAGAAAAACAGAGAAAUUAUUUAAACAAUUUAAUUAAAAAAAAUAGACUGAGAGAAGUGCAGAUGGUAUUGAAAAAAGAAGAAUGUAGUCCUUGGAGCCGGGACACACAGGCCAAGCUGGGAUGUCGAUUAAUAGAAUUAUUAAUUGAAACAGCCUAUGUACAUUCUCCGGUUAGCCAGUCUGCUGAUACACCACCUGAUAUUCGACCGGCUUUCAGUCAUGGGUUUAAAGCUGUACCAUGGCAUCAAGGGCAAAAGUUUACAAAGAAGUAUGGCGUUAUACAAUGUGAUCCCUUAGUAUUAGCUGGGCUUGAAAAAUGUGCUAAACAUAUGUUAAUACCUUACAUGCCAAUGUUAAUACCUCCCAAAAAAUGGAAAGGAUAUGACAAAGGCGGAUACUUGUUCUUACCCUCUUAUAUCAUGCGGACUCAUGGAUCUAGGAAGCAACAAGAUGUAAUGAAGAAUGUCAAUGGAGCACAAAUGCAGAAAGUUUUUGAGGCCUUGGAUAUUCUCGGGAACACCAAGUGGCGAGUAAAUAGAAGAUUGCUUGGAGUUGUGGAGUCCAUUUGGGCUGGAGGAGGUAACAUCGCAGGACUGGUUGAUUGUAAAGAUGUUCCUUUACCAGAUAAGCCACUUGUAGAGGAUUUAAAGCAAAUUCAAGAAUGGAAAUGCAGUGUAAGGAAGGCCAAAAAAAUUAAUAUGGAAAGGCAUUCUCUAAGAUGUGACACUGAACUGAAGCUUUCUGUGGCACGAAAAAUGAAAGAUGAGGAAGGCUUUUAUUAUCCACACAAUCUUGAUUUCCGUGGAAGAGCCUAUCCUAUGCAUCCUCAUUUGAAUCAUUUAGGUUCUGAUCUGUGUCGAGGACUUCUCGAAUUUGCUGAAGGGCGGCCAUUGGGAAAGUCUGGACUCAGGUGGCUGAAGAUACAUCUAGCAAACUUGUAUGCAGGUGGUAUUGAGAAGCAGUCUUAUGAUGAGCGCCUAGGAUUUAUAGAGAAUCAUAUUCAUGAUAUAUUUGAUUCAGCCGAUGACCCUAUAAAUGGAAAUCGUUGGUGGUUAAUGGCUGAGGAUCCUUUCCAAUGCCUUGCUGCUUGUAUUAAUCUAUCUGAGGCAUUAAGGAGCUCAUCACCAAAUUCUUUUAUAUCACAUCUUCCAAUUCAUCAGGAUGGGUCCUGUAAUGGCUUACAGCACUAUGCAGCUUUGGGAAGAGAUAACCUGGAGGCUGCUGCAGUUAACUUGGUUGCUAAAGAGAAACCUGCUGAUGUUUACACAGAGAUUGCUGUUAGGGUUUAUGAUAUAAUGAAACGAGACAGCAACAAAGACCCAGAUACAUUUCCAAAUGCUUUGUUAGCAAAGGUGUUGAUUGAUCAGAUUGAUAGGAAACUGGUCAAACAGACAGUAAUGACUUCUGUUUAUGGUGUUACUUAUAUUGGGGCGCGAGAGCAAAUUAAGAGAAGAUUAGAGGAGAAAGGUCUCAUUACUGAUGAUAGACUAUUAUAUACUGCAGCUUGCUAUGCAGCUAAGGUGACAUUGGCUGCCCUCGGGGAAGUUUUUGAAGCUGCACGUGGCAUUAUGGGUUGGCUUGGGGAUUGUGCAAAGGUGAUUGCUUAUGAAAACCAGGCUGUUUACUGGACCACUCCUCUUGGUCUUCCUGUUGUACAACCAUACUGUAAAACUGAACGUUAUCAGAUAAGAACAUCUCUUCAGCUUUUGGCUUUGCAGAGGGAGGGAAGUGCAGUAUCUGUCAAGAAGCAAAAAAGUGCAUUUCCUCCUAACUUUGUACAUUCAUUGGAUAGUUCGCACAUGAUGAUGACUGCUCUAGCCUGCAAUGAUGCUGGAUUAUGUUUUGCAGGGGUUCAUGAUUCAUUUUGGACACACCCAUGCGAUGUUGAGAAAAUGAAUCGGAUUCUUAGAGAAAAAUUUGUGGAGCUUUAUAACAUGCCUAUACUUGAAAAUUUGCUUGAGGGCUUCGAGACUACAUAUCCAGGAUUGGCUUUCCCUGCAUUGCCAAAGAGAGGUGAUUUUGACUUGCAGAAGGUUCUUGAUUCUCCAUACUUCUUCAACUGAGCAAUUUCUCUGCAUUCAAAACACAAGUCUAAGUUGCUGUGAAAAUAUUCUUAACUUCAAAUGCAAAAUGUGGAGGAAUUUCUGGGGUGCAAUUCAUCCUGUUGGAGAUGGGAAUGAUGAUCCAACAUUGCUUUUGGAGAAGACCAGGAAGGAAAGAAAAUAGAUUUUGGAAAAAGUAUCUUGUUCUAGAAUACACAGAACCUUACACACAAGGCUGCUUAAGAGAUAAGCUAUUAUCACCCUUCAAAUUUAUAAUCCACAUUCAGGGAAGGAAAUUCACCAUGAAAUUUUAAUGUUGGUGAUAUCCAACACCUGAAUUGAGUUGCUGCUGGGCAAUAGACGUGGCUAGUGCUAAAUGCUUGCAGCCGAAUCUUCUGUACAGUGCGGAACCUAGGGCCAGGGCUAACUUUGACAAUGCAAAAAGAUUUUUAAUUCAUUUUAUUUUUUACAUGUAAAAUAUAUGAUAGAUGUAUUAUAGUAGAUCAGAGAAAGUUCGUCAGGGAUAUAAACACGCUGCUGUUAUUUCUGAUUUCUAAUAAAAUUUAUUUACAUGAAAUUCAAUUAUAGUAUAUUGAGAAGAAAUGCAAAAGGAUUGUAGAAUCCA